CAGGAGGGCAUCUCAAAUAGGUGAGUCCUGUGGGCGAUUAUAUGCAAGGCUGGAUUCUAAGAUAGAAGCGUCGCAUCCACUUGGGUUCCUAUUACGCUCGAAUGAAUUCGGAUAUUUGGUGCUCAAUUCAGUAAGCUUUCAUCCACGAGGCGUGCACCCUUGUGUGCACCUACACGUAUAUAGCAUAAAUAAUAGGCCGAAGUUUAAAACCUCGUCAAGCCCACGUUUUUAUUUGACAGUGACAUCGGGACACAAUGGAACUACAGCAAUUUCUUCGCCAACUGGCUGAAGGGGCCGGCAAGUAUGCUCUCAGCCUUGACGGGCGCAUAGAACGAGAUCCAACGACAUGUCUCCGAGUAGGCAAUGCUUUGGUGUAUCGUGGAAAGUUGCAUCCAGACGGAAGGGUUGUAGCAAUAAAAGCUGCCCUCGACGGUCCACAGGUGGACGAGAACGUCAUCAAGCGAAUAUUGGGGGAAGCAUCCAUCUGGUCAAAGCUAAAGCAUCCAAAUAUCCUCGGCCUACUUGGGAUAACUGUCGACUUCGAUCUCGCGGUGUCGAUCGUAACUAAUUGGGUGGAAAGAGGCAAUGCCAGUCGCUAUGUACAAGAACGAGACAACGACCCGCGCCCGCUCGUCAAAGACAUCGCUCUUGGUCUUCGUUACCUACAUAGUCAUCCAGAUGGUCCGAUAGUUCAUGGUAGUUUGAGAGGUGAAAACGUGCUUAUCACCGAUGACGGCCGGGCCGUUCUCACAGACUUCGGACUUUCCUUUCUUUACAACUCAGCAUUCGCUAUGACCACAAGUCCUCUGGCUGGUGGCACGUUGCGUUGGAUGGCUCCGGAACUGGUGAGUGUGAUGCCCACAGAAGACCCCCAACCCACCGUAGAAGGUGAUAUUUGGGCUUUAGGAAUGACAGCAUUGGAGCUCUUCACCCGGAAACUUCCCUAUCAUAACCUGACCAAUAUCGGUGCCAUUCAAUCACGAAUACUCUCGAGACCGCCAGAACGACCCUCCGAUAAGGAUACUCUGGCCCGCAUGACAGACAAAUGGUGGGCCCUAUGUUCGCGUUGCUUGAGGAUGAACCCAGCUUUGCGCAUUGGAGCAGAGGAUGCCGUGAAAGAAACUAGGGAGGUCAGUACACGUGUUUUACCUUGUGCAGAAUGGAAACCGAUGACACCACCCCGCCAGCUUCCACCCAGAAAUGACAUUGUUAUCGUAGUAAUGGGCCCUAGGAGGUCGGGAAUAAGUAACUUCAUCAAUAAACUCGCAAACUGCAAGGAAGGGCGUGAGGCAGACAAGCUCAUUUCUCGUAUGCAUGGCAUUCGGGAAUUGACGUUAGACCUCCCUUGUGGAAGACGCUAUGUCCUUGUUGACACCCCAGGAUUUGACGGCACUUCCUGGCGAACCCAAUAUAUCCUCCGGGAACUUGCUAACUGGCUACAUGACAAGUACUUUGAAGACGUGAAGAUCACGGGGGUCAUUUACACACAUCGUGUAACCGACGAUCACAUAUCUAGGACAGUACGCGAGAACCUCGACCAAUUCCGUAGAUUAUGCGGUGACAAAGCUGCACAACACGUGCAGUUAGUGACUACUUGGUGGGAUGAACAAGAGGAUAAAGAAGCAACACCGAAUUGGGUCCCGCAACUAGGGGAAUGCUUACCUAUCGCCGCAAAUGUGCAUCACGAACGAUUUCGAUUUUUCAACACCCAGGGGUCUGCUUUGGACAUCGUAAACAGGUUGGUCGGGGAAGAUGCCGUCUUGACCGAAGAAAAAUUGGUGGAGGCAGAGAGACAGUUGCACGAUACUAAUGUUGCGAGGCCACCCUACUCUCGAUUCUCUUGGCUCUGGCAACAGAUGAAGGAAAUCUAUAAGACCUUCAGAUCUUCUCUAGGCGACGCGUUGACUUGGUUGGUCCCCGGCAGCCUCAAGAGGAUACAAUGACAUUGAUGAUCUCCCACACCAAGUGACGAGCCAGUCGCACCGUUCACCGUUGUCGACCAUUAUAGGAAUUCCAUGGACUCAUAUUCUUGCCAAUUCUACCAGCCCGUUCUCCUUACUUGCUUUCAACUUGCUCUCCAACGUCUAUCGCUGUUAAUAUGCAUAUGUAUGUUCUGAAGCCUUCAGCUCAGAGCGCACACCCUUGCGGUGAACACACCUCAUAUAUGGUCAAGCUCGCGAUAAGCAUCGCUGUCCAGCUUCCGGUUUAGCCACUUGAAGUAUGAGCAAGUAACGUGAGCUGAUGCCUUGUUUCUGGGGGCAUAAACAGUCGGCAUACGAUGAUCUAGGUGGAUCGUUUUCCAGAUAGUAGGGUGUAUGACCUCUCCAAUUUCACCUCUCAUCUGCUAGGCAGAACUGCCAAAUAGUUAACUGAGCUUCAGUGUUCUUUCUCUAUACCUGCACGACACAUGGACCGUUACUAUUUAAUUAACCCGUUUG